UUUCCUUUCCCGGAGCAGCGAACGGUGUCCGUGAGUUGCGUGCGAACAGAAUCGUGAAUGUAGUUCAGAAGUGUUUCAUAAAGGUUCACCAGGACUCGCAACGUGCGUGAGCCCUUUUUCUGGCGGUCAUUCUUUUAUCAGUGUUUUAUUGUUUACGUUUUGAUGUGUCUGAAACAUUGUGCUUUCAAUUAAGCAACGCAUGUUUUAAACUGAAUUAGUUUCAUAAGAAGGCGCGUGAUUUUCAUUCAGUGAUGUGCCUGUUUCCCUCCCGUACGCAACAUUAAGCAGACACCCCCAACGCUCCCUUUUUUUAGUUACGCGCCGUGUGAAACCGCGUGAAACACUGUGACAGCGAUUAUCGUGUUGUUUGUCGCGUUUUGUGAAGCCAGUGCGCGAAUACCGUGUUCGUUGGCCGUGAUUGUGAGCAGUAGCCGUCUAUCGCUUCAUCCCAUACUCACGCUCAAGCAGAGGUCAAACGCAAUCGAAGUGCGGGCCUAAUCUUCCCUAGCGAGAUAGGAGAACAAGAGGAGCGAAAGAAGAUGUCCUCGUUAAACCGCGAACUGUCCGAGGACAGUGCGUUCGCCGCUGGUCGCAACAGUUGGAAUCGCCACUAUCAUAACAGCGUCGUGCAGCCUCUUUUAACAGAUCUGUAUCAAAUCACCAUGGCUUACGCAUACUGGAAGUCGGGUAAAAUCGACGAUCAUGCCGUGUUCGAUCUCUUCUUCCGUACGAACCCAUUUCAAGGCGAGUUCACGAUCUUUGCUGGACUGGAGGAGUGUUUGAAAUUUUUGGACAGUUUCCACUACUCAGAAACAGACAUCGAAUAUCUCAAACAUGCCCUGCCCCAAGGCAUUGAGGACGAGUUUUUCGAGUACUUGGCACAGCUAACAGCUAAGGACGUCACCUUGUAUGCAAUAGAAGAGGGAUCAGUAGCUUUUCCAAGGGUUCCCUUGAUCAAGGUGGCGGGACCGUUGAUCAUAGUGCAACUGCUUGAAACGACGCUUUUGACACUGGUGAAUUACGCAAGCUUAAUGGCCACAAACGCAGCUCGUUAUCGUAUGGUCGCCGGGAAGCAUAUACACUUGCUCGAGUUUGGGUUACGUCGUGCCCAGGGCCCGGACGGAGGACUUUCUGCAUCGAAAUAUUCCUAUAUCGGUGGUUUUGAUGGCACAUCGAACGUGUUGGCCGGAAAGCUGUUCAACAUUCCAGUGAAGGGUACUCAUGCACACGCCUACAUUACAUCGUUCACCGGCAUCGACGAGCUGAAGACGCGCGUACUUCAACAUAAGGAAGAUGGUACCACUCGUGACUUGCUUGAGUUGGCCAUGGAACACCGGGCGGCGUUGGCAAGCGUGCUGGACGUCUCUACAGAUGAGAGCAGUGAGGGCGAACUGGCGGCAAUGGUGUCCUUCGCGAUCGCCUUCCCGGACGGGUUUAUGGCACUAGUCGACACGUACGAUGUCAAGAGCGAUAAGCUACUGGGUGAACCGACGGAGGAACUGUGCGAUCUAACCGAUAGUGUUGUGUGUGAUUCGACGUGCUUGGGUCGGCUGCACGAUCAGGAGGAGGAGGACUCGUUGCAUCCAUCGAACAUCGUUACCAGCGCGCUGCCGGAAAUUCCGGAAGAAGAAUGCAACGGUUGCUGUGCGGAAGAUGAGGAAAACCGCUGCGCUCAACAUGCGGAACCAGAGGAAGAAGCGGCACAGGAGGAAGAAAAUGCUGAAGAUGAAAGUAACGAGCAGGCGCCGGAACCGGACGAAACUGGUCAUGAUCCACCACCGUCCAUUACGGUGGAAGAUGAAGAGCCGGCCCCGGAUGUAGAAUCCGAACCGGCGGCGAAGGAGAGCGAUGAAAAUGGCAAUGAAGAUAUUGAAGAUCAAAAUGUGUGUAAAGCUACGGAUGAGGGUGAGGAAUCGAUCGAGGAACUUGAUGAUGUGCAGAAUGAUAGCGAAGCACCUGAAGGAGAGGAUGAGAUUACCCGUUGUGCGAACUGUGAAGCGCUGAACACCAUGAUCCAUCACCUAAAGUCCGUUGGAAAGUCCUUCAGGAGCGGUUUGCUGAACUUUUGUGCCGUGGCACUAGCGCUAAACGACCAAGGAUACCGUGCGAUCGGUAUACGCAUUGAUUCCGGCGAUCUGGCGUACCUGAGUUGUUUGGCGCGUGAAACAUUCGAGCGUAUCGCCGAACGGUUCAAGCUGCCCUGGUUUAGCAAGCUGACGAUUGUUGCCUCGAAUGACAUCAACGAGGAUACGAUCCUGAGCCUGAACGAGCAGGGUCACAAGAUCGAUUGCUUUGGCAUUGGGACACAUUUGGUAACCUGCCAGCGUCAACCAGCACUCGGCUGCGUGUACAAGAUGGUGGAGAUCAACAAUCAGCCGCGCAUCAAACUCAGCCAGGACGUGGGCAAGGUGACAAUGCCGGGCAGCAAGAACGUCUUCCGGCUGUACGGGGCAGAUGGGCAUGCACUGAUUGAUCUGCUGCAGCGGGUCGAUGAAAAUCCGCCCGAGGUGGGCCAGAAGGUGCUGUGCCGUCAUCCAUUCCAGGAGUCGAAGCGUGCUUACGUCAUUCCGACACAGGUGGAACCAUUGUACCGGGUGUACUGGACCGAGGGCCGGGUGGCACAGGUGUUGCCCUCGCUCGAGGAAGUCCGUGAGCGUGUGCAGGCCUCGCUAAGGACAUUGCGUCAGGAUCACAAGCGCACGCUGAACCCGACGCCCUACAAGGUGGCCGUGAGCGAUAAUCUGUACAACUUCAUACACGAGCUGUGGCUGCAGAAUGCACCGAUCGGAGAACUCUCAUGAUAAGCCGGUUUGGAAGCCAAUUACCCGGCCCAAACGCGAGCUGGUAUACCGUAGCUGUUUCAACACCUUCUAAAGGUGUGCAGUGUACUUCGUUGGCAACAUUGAUGCAGUGUUGUAGUGUUUUUAAAUCAUGUUUUGUUUAUCGUUUUUAUUUAACCCACACGAUUGCAAGCCCCUUUUUUGUUGUUACCUAGGUGUGGAUGUAAGUUCGAAACUGUUUUUCUUUGCACAGUUUCAAUUUAAACUUCCUAUGCCUAUUUACAUAUAUAUAUAUGAACAAGACCUGCGAGUGUAGGUCUUCUACGUGACGGUUACGAUCGAAUUGUGUUUUGUGUGCGUAGUAGUACGUAGUAUUUGUAGUUGAAAAAAUUGUGAUCCAUUGUGUGACGUAUGUAAAUUCGUAUGUACGAUUCCCGAUCUGACUUUGCGUCGAAUUACGAUAAACGUAUAAUCGAAACGGGAAGGGUGGAAUGUUCUCUACCGCGAAAACCCGAAAUGCGAUUGAAUUUGUUGAUUGCGCCAAGUGCAAUUGUGUCGUGUAGUGUAGCAGAAGCAAAAGCAAUAACGAUACCAUUUGUUUGUUGGCCAUUCUCAUCCGGCAACUGGCCGUCGCAACAGGAAAUGUUUCCAACUUGCGCUAGAUAUUAUUGUAGCUCUUCCAAGCCAUAGGUUUGAGUGAAAGCUUAUUUUUAAUCGAAUAAAACAGCACCAUAUAUUACGCAUAAACCACAAAGGAAGGGUACACAUUGUUAAAUGCAAAUAUUUACAGUCAUUCCGUUCCCUAUCAACUCUUGGCGAGAGUUUUAAUUGUUGGGAAACAGCUAUUACGGAUGGUGCGGACAAAACGAAUAGCGUUGUAUCAUAUACUCUUCAACCGUACAUAUUCUCGCACCGCAAGUAAUUGUUCGGCAGAAAGGGGGCAACAAACAGUUUGUAAAAAUCGUAAAUGGAAUCCUUCUCGAAGGACAUCUCGUACACUAUAUCCAGCCCGUAGAUUUGGACGUUCGUUUGAUAGGGGUGCGAAAGUGGCCCUGCAACGAACACAUAGCAUAUCUUCCAUAAAACCCAGAUAGGACAUGAAAGGAAGCGAUUGUUUCAAAUUUGCAUACCAGGUGCAUAGGUAUAACUAGCCCAGAAGGUAUUGUGAUAUUGACGUAUUUGUGGUAGUUGUGAGCGUUUAAAUAAUAGAACUAUGCAUCAACGGUUGACAAAGUAAAGAUAGGAAAACGUAACAUUAUUGGAAAAUUUGCAUUUAGAAAUUGGUAGAACAGUUUUGAAUGAAUACUAAAUGGCGAGAGAUUCAAUGUUGUAGAAUUCCAUUUAGGCACAUGCGUGUGCAAAAUUUUGCUAAUGCAAACAUCACCGUGCCUUACAGUAAAUACAGGAUUCACCAAGCUCCAGAGUAGCUAAAACUCGGCAACUUGCUGCAGUACGCAACGAAACAUGCACAAUUGUAACGAUGAAACAGCACAGUUGUGGCUGCAUCCUUCUGAAGCUGGUGUGCAUAAACGCAUUGCCAGAUAUGUGAUAGUUUUCUCUGUUACUGUUUUGUUUUCUGUCUCCCCCCUCAUCCAACCAAACACAAACAUACUAUUACACGUUACUCCUUUAAAAAUAAGCUUUCAUGAUGAUGCUUCUUUAUAAUCUUUUACGACUUAACGAGCGAUGUUUUCAUAGCUACACAUAAUUCCUGUAGUACUGGCAGAAAGUUAGCUUCUAACGUACAAUGUAACUUUACACUCCUAAACUGCACUGCACGAUGCAUUCCUUAAAGGGGCAAACAACAACCGUUCUACACGAGUUCUAUUCCUCCAUCACACACGUACACCCACACAGCUUUAACGAAUGGGUAGAGGCGAAAUGCGCGACGGUAAGCGGUUGGAACAAACCAAACUUUUGGACUUCACUUUUCACUUACCCAAGGGUAGUUGUUUUUUGUGGUAUCAAAUACACUUAGUUAUUGUUGGUAUUAUGGUGGUAGCUGUGAAGCUGCGAAACCAACUGCGAAUAUAUAGUACACAAUGUUAAAUGUGAAGGCAACACAACUGCAUCACGGCGGAAUGGAAUAAAACUGUUUUGUGGAGAGCAGGAGGUCUGGUACGGCUUAAGAUAUCUGUGUUCCCGGUUGUGCAGCUGAAAGAAAUGAUGUAUUAUUAAUGUGCGUUUCUUGUACUCUUAUUCACUUCGUGCCGGACAAGGCGCUGACGGCUAUCUUCACAGCGACUUGAUGACUUGAGUAUCCUGAGCAUAUUGCCCAGUAAUCGUGCCCUUCCGGGGUUG